CCAGUGAUCGCAGUCCGUGGCAGUCUGUAAACCGUCGCGGACGUGGUUACGUGUCAAUUCGAUUUCGAGGUACCAUCAUCCGGAGCGGCAGAGCAUUGCCUUGUACCUGUGUACAUCAGCGAUAGGAAAAACAGAGACGACGAUCUGUAUGAGAGCUCAUCGGUAACGGGAAAUCAGGCCAGAGAUGAGCGGACAUGCAACCCGUCCCGGAGAGGGUGGCAAAGCGGUUCUCGAGCGUAUUCAGGUGUCCGUGUUGCCGAUCCCUGGGAAACACGCCACAUCGACGUUGCCUGCCGCAUCGGCCCCACCAAUGGAGAGGCAAGAUGUGGAUAUUACAAGCAAACAGAAAAAAUCCACCGGAAAGGAGAUUUCCAAUACUCAAAGAGUCUGGACGAGUUUGGUGUCCGGUGCGAUAGCGGGUGCUCUGGCGAAGACCACGAUAGCGCCGUUGGAUCGUACAAAGAUCAACUUUCAAAUUUCGAAGCAGCCCUACUCGGCCAGGGCGGCGAUUGGGUUCUUGACUACAGCGAUGCGUACCGAAGGCCUCCUCAGCCUGUGGCGCGGAAACAGCGCUACCAUGGUCAGGAUAGCACCGUACUCGGCGGUGCAGUUCACGGCGCACGAACAGUGGAAGAGAAUUCUGAAUAUAAACGCGGCAAGAGAAAAGCCAUGGGCGAGUUUCCUGGCCGGCGCGCUCGCGGGCGUUACGUCGCAGACCAUGACCUAUCCGUUGGAUUUGAUGCGGGCGAGAAUGGCGGUGACCCUGAAGGCCGAGUACAAGACUCUGCGGCAGGGGUUCUCGCGAAUGUACAGGGAGGAGGGAGUAUUGGCGUACUAUCGUGGUUUCACCGCUACGAUCCUCGGUGCCAUCCCGUAUGCCGGUUGCAGUUUCUUCACAUACGACAUACUGAGAAACUUACUGACCGUGUACACGGUGACUAUUCCGGGAUUCUCGACCUCGCUCAUUUGCGGCGGCAUCGCUGGAAUGGUCGGUCAGACAAGCAGCUACCCACUGGACAUUGUGCGGCGGAGAAUGCAGACGUCAGCGAUCAAGGGCCAGCACUAUCACACGAUCACGUCGACUAUCGUGAAAAUUUAUACAGAAGAAGGAAUAAUGGCUUUUUACAAAGGCUUGAGCAUGAAUUGGGUAAAGGGUCCUAUUGCUGUCGGAAUCAGCUUUGCCACGCAUGACACAAUACGGGACACACUGAGGGACGUUAUUUGUGAAGAUACAUAGGAUUAGUGGAACAAACAUUGAAAGUCUGGGGUUUAUCAUGGAAUAAUGCUAACCAAUAAUUAUAAUUAUUUAAUAAUUAUUAAUUAUAAUUAUUGCUUGACUAUUAUCCAAAUACGCUUAUAUAAUUAUUACUUAUUGUUUAUAAUUAUAUAAGUAAUAAUUGUAAUUAAUAUUACUAAUUAUUACAUAAUUUCAUCAUUUAACUCAAAUCAUGAUGAAUAAAUAUGUCAGCGUACAUCUCCUCAAAUUUUCGCUCGACAAAAAGAAACUAAAGAAAGUGAAAAUUUAUCGCGCCAAAGCGUUAUCGACGGCAAGAAUGUAAAAUAAUAUUGCAUCAUUAACAAUACGACAAGAAGAAUAAUUAGUUUGUUAUUUUGUGUGAGAACAUUUUGCCAAAAGCAACACAGGAGAUCAUUAGUACAAAUUGUUAAAUAUGUACAUAUUGUUAUUUCAAACAUUAUAGAAAUUGUUGGAGAGAUGUAAUACGUAUUAGAUGCAUACACCAAAUCGUAAUUUAAGCAUUGUGCAUUGGUCCAGUAAUGUAGAAGUAUGAUUUCUACGUAUAUAUUCUAUAUAGCUUAUCUUUAUUAUCUUUGGAUGCGAUUUAUAUAAAAAAAAUAGGAUAUCUCUGACUUGCCUUAUAAUUGUUUUACAAAUUCUAUGAUAAAAACAAGCAAACUGUGGUAUAAUUUGCACUCGGAAUUUUGUACAUAAUCGUGUAUAUCACACAUUUUACUUUGAAGAUCAAAAUACUCAAGAGAAUUCUCAAUGAUUUUCUUAAGCCCGUGUAAAAUAAAAAUAUUGUACAGUUUCUGAUAUAAGUUGCGCCUUAAAUUGACACAUUCAGAUAUUUUAUUCGAUCAUUGUUUAUAGCGUAAUUGGUUCAUUUUGAGGCUGCAAUGACUAAUCCACAUUUGUUUCUUCCACAAAGAGACUGCGAAUUGAUAGCGACAAUAAGGUUUUACAAGUUGAAACAUUGUAAAAACAGUUCGAACAUAACGUUACAUUGCUAUGAAUCUGUAUAACAAUUAAUUAUUGACAACAGUAUAUCUACAUUACGAUUUAUCAGUGUUACAUAAUGGACUUGUAUAUUUGCUUUAUUUACAUUUCAGCUCUUACGAGAUCGAAUACUUUUUUUAAAUAUCUUGUACAUACUCUUAAAUGCCGUACUAUAUUUUAUGUUAACAGUUGAAAUGAAAAAUGUAACAGAACGUAAAGAGGGGGAAAUUAAUCGCGUUUUGCAUCGGUCGAAAAGAAAUUGUUUUAUGGCCGACGCAAAAAGUUGUUGCCUUCUCUAUAUUUUGCAAUGCUUUAUGUAUUAACUAAAUCUCUUUGAUAAUGCGUAUUCGUUUUCUUAGCGAUUGGUUUUUGAAAAUUUUCAGAACAUAAAUUACAACACAGUGCAAUGUAAAAAAAGUUAUUUAUUCUGUAAAAUUUUGUAGCUUCUUUGCAAUCAUUGUAUUGGUUAUAUAUAAUGUAAAGUCAUUUAGUAAAUAUAUAAAUUUUAUACAG